UUCUCAGCCUUUUGCUCUUCGGCGCGGUCGCCCAGCGGCCUGCCGACGUGGCGGCGGAAGAAGAUCAGCUGUGCGGCAUCGAUCUGAUCACCAUGUCCCAGGCUGCUCCCUCUGACGUGGAGCCAUCAGCAGAGGCUACCAUACCCGCGGUCCAACCCCCCCUCGCCCAACCAGACUCCUGUCAGGAUGUCCCAGCAGCCCUCACAGCGCCCUCGGCCCCUCCGCAGCCUCCUGAGAGCAUCAACCUCACACAGUCGCCUGAGGAGAUGACCACGGAGGAUGCUGCCACCAGGCCGGACUCUUCAGAGGAUCUGACUGAUCAGCCAAUGGAGUGUGCCUCUGAGGGUCAGCUGAUCGAAUGUGAUCAACCAGUGAGCCUGGAGCCAGAGUCGGAGGCUGCAGAGGAGGAUGUGGAGAGCUCAAUGCAGGACAAAGAGAAAGGUUGGGGAGGAUGGGGUUCAUGGGGAAAAUCUCUUCUGAGCAGCGCCUCCUCCUCUGUGGGUCAGAGUCUGAGCUCAGUUAAGGUGAAGGCGGGAGAGGCCCUGCGUCUCCACAGGACCUCAGUGGGAGAGGAGGCGAGAGAAGAGGAGGAGGGGAGAGCAGAGCUGAAGAGAGAGGGAGGAGGAGAGAGUGCAGAGGUGAAGAGAGAGGGAGGAGGAGAGAGUGCAGAGGCUGACUCGUCCAGCUCUGUGGAGUCUUCUUCUCCGACUGCAGCAGCUUCUAGCAGAGGGGUUUUCUCCUCUAUCACACAUGCUGUGCAGAACACAGGCAAGUCAGUGAUCAGUGGAGGUCUGGAUGCUUUGGAGUUCAUUGGGAAAAAGACGAUGAAUGUUCUGGCUGAGAGCGACCCGGGUUUCAAAAAGACCAAGACCCUGAUGCAAAAAACGGUGUCACUGAGUCAGAUGUUGAAGGAGGCCAAGGAGAAGGAGCGGUCCCGUCUGGAUAACCACCCAAUCAGUGCUCCCACAGCUCACUAUGGGAUUCUGUUUGACGACUACCAGGGCCUGUCACACCUCGAGGCCCUGGAGAUUCUGUCCAAUGAGAGCGAGGCCAAGGUUCAAGCGUUCCUGUCCUCCCUUGUGGAAGAGGAGCAGGAUGAGGUGAAGAAGGAGCUGAUUCUAAUCAAGGACAUUUUCAUCAAACGAGAGGAGGAAGAGGAGGGAGAUGAAGAAGGAAUGGAAGGAGAACAGACGAAGGAUAACGGUGAUCUAAGUUCCCAAUUACACUGUUCUACCCCCCUGUCUGCUGAUGGUGAAGAGUUUGUGAGUGUUCUCACUGAGCUGCUGUUUGAGCUUCAUGUUGCUGCCACGCCAGACAAACUCAACAAGGCUCGGAUGAGGGCCCACGACUGGGUGAGUGAGGUGGAACAACCUGUCACUACAGAGACAGUUGGCAGGGAAACGCAGGACCAGCCAGGAGGAGAGGCCACAUCUGAAGGGAAUGAAAAGGAGGAGGAGGAGGAAAGAGGAGAGGAGCAGGGGGAGCCGAUGAAGGGAGGAGAGGAGAAGAAGGAGGAGGAGAAUAACUCCAGAUCUGUAGAGACUGUCUACCUGUCAUCAGUAGGCAGUUUGGCUGAAGUGACAGCUCGCAGUAUCGAGCAGCUCCACAAGGUGGCAGAGCUCAUCCUCCACGGUCAAGAGUUGGAGAAACCAGCCAGAGACCAGGCCCACAUCCUCACCAGGUUGACAUGUGCCAUGUGUAAGGAGGUGGAGUGUUUGGCCAAGAAGUUCUCUGAUACGCUGCUUCUGGUCGGGGGCCAGAGGAAAGCAGAGGAGCUGAAUCCACUGGCAGACAGUGUUCUGUUAGAGGGCUCCAACAGCACCAACUACGUCCAGAAUGCAUUUCAGCUGCUGCUUCCCGUCCUGCAGAUCUCCCACAUCCAGAGCCAACACUGCCGACCCACCACAGAACCAGCGGCACAGACAGAGCACUAACCCCUAACCCUACACACACAUGCACACACGCACGUGCCACCUGACCACCCGCUUGCCUUAAUAUAUCUGUUGUUGUACAGUGAGGUAAAGAGACUAUUCCAGAUUAAGUACUUAUGUCUAUAUUAAUGGCCGCAGCAACAGGCAGAAGAUGUUGUUUAUAUGCAGAAUAUAAUCUUGAAGAUGAACUGAUACAUGGAGGAAUGUGUGUUUCCUCCACCUCGUUCUCUGAAUGUUACUUAGCUUUGAGGAACCAAACGAUGUUCGGAGCUGAACUUUGUCGAAUACAGAACCAAAAACUGAUUGUGUUGAAGGGAUUCUACAUUAAUGUAUAUUAAGCAUUCUUUGCACUCCUUAUGGUCCAUUGAUAUUAUAACAGAAAGCGUUUUGAAUGACACUAGUCUGUUUUUCGGUGGUGUGAUCUGAUUUGAGACUAAUGGAUCAGUAUUAGCGAUGAUACGUCUCAGUUUUUGCUCAGUUUGUUGUUUUCUCAUUAAAUUAUAUGAAGCAACACCGUAAACUUCUCUCUCAUUCCGUUUGAAACAAAAGAAAAACGCCAUACUUUGGAAACAUUCAGUUGUUCUUCACUGAUGAUGUUGUGAAGCUGAAAUAAUUUCUAAUUUUGUUAAAUUGUGCUGCUACACGGAAAAACACUAUUCUGACAUUUUGGGGAAAAACAAAUAAGUGUAUUUUCCACCUCAAAGAAUUAGCGUCAGCCAAAACAUGUUUGUGCCUUUGAAUUUUAUCUGUCCCCUUUUGAAUAAAGGCUUCUAAUAUAAUAUAGUUCAAAUCUAUAAAUUCAUACACUAAUUGAUCCUCAGAGGAAAAAGCAUUUUUUUCCUUCUCUCGACUUUGACCACCUGAGAGAAGUUUAAUGGCAAGGUGCUCACAGUGCAUCUGUUUUUUAAUAUCCACUGUUAAAUUGACUGUUAGCUCCCAGCCUGUAUUUAAUAAGACCUUUGUCAAAUAAAAUACACUUUCCCCCUUUUUACAUCACUGAGAUUUAUUGAUACAGGCACGAAAAGCUGCUCAGAUUAAGCAAAGAGAAUAUUAGUCAGGCUCUGUCAUAAUAUUUUGGCUCAGCGCUGCUUCUGCCUCAGAAUAUGAAGUGAUUUGUAAUCUGAGCUGGAAGAUCUGUGGGAGCCAAGUCAUUUAUUCAACUGUGGACCGUUUGCUAAUGUGUUCAGCCUGCCCUCCUAACGAAACGCCCUAAGACUGUUUGAGGAUGAGAUGUAGAAAAUAAAGAAGUCUUAAUCAUC